GUAUCUGGGUAAUAAGCUCAUGGCUCAUUCAAUGGACACUAUCCACCGUCCACACCGAGGUUUCAUCCCGGGUUCUAUCUAGGAAGGCUAACCUACGACACGGGUUCGACCUCCUUGACCACCAUAGGUCCCUAUUCAUACAUCUAUCUCUAUUUGCUUGAUGACGCAUACCUUUCUAACCCUAGAACUCCAUACCCAAUGUAGAAGCAUAAAUUAGGCUAAUAGAGAAUAUUAGGGUGACUUAACCAAACACAAUCAAGGAUUGAAUAGCAAUAGAUUCAACUAGAUAAACACAUUAUUCAUUCAAACCUUAAAUAUGCAUGCAUGCAUACAUACAUACAUACAUACAUACAUACAUACAUACAUACAUACAUACAUAUAUAUACAUAAUAAACCCUAAAACUAGGGUUUGGGGUUUAGAACCCCUAGUACCUUAGAGGACUACUCCAUAAAGGAGGGAAAAAGAAAUAUCUAAGAAAUUGAAGAAGACUUGGGUUGGGGAAGAUACUCCCUCUCUUCUAGCUCCUUCUUCUUCUCCUUCCUUUGGCUUCUCUCUCUUUUCUCUCUCUACAACCAUAAAUUUCUCUCAAAAUCAGCGCAUCUAAAAGAGGGAAAGGGGUGUUCUAUUGAUAAAAAUCUAGGGACAGAGAAGUUCGCGGCCAGAAGCACAGAGAUCACGGUCGUGAUCUUCGGAAGUGAGGUCGCGAUCUUAGAACACUGUCGUCCUCACCUUCGAAAAUGAGGAGAUCAAUGGCUGACUUUGCAAUCUCGAUCCACGAUUCGCGGCCGCGAACUUUCCCGCAGUGAAAUGAUGUUGUUGCUGUGAUUUGACUAGUGAAAGUCUAUUCUUCUCCUUGGCUCCUUCCUUGCGAAGUUUGCGCUCUAAGCACUCUAAUUCGUGGCUGCGAUCUGGGACUUUCGGGCUUCGAUUUUCAGCUUGAGUUUGCAGUCUAUACUCCCCGCUGUGAUCUUCAGCUUCCAGGACACGAUCUUCAGCUUCAUGCCCCCUUGCUACACUAUGACCUUGUUUUGGACUUAAUUCUCACAUAUCGUCUAAUACACCCUAAAAUCACAUUGAAUUCACAUAGGAACUAAAUAAGGAUGCAAUCAACGAUGUUCAAGCAAUUAUGCACAUGACUUGGCACGAAACAAACCUCGAUAUGAGGGUUAAAUAACACUAAUUUAGGUGUUAUCAAACUAUCGCAUCCUUCAUAGUCGCUACACUAUCCUCCCUAGGUCAAGUGAUAUUAUAUAGACUCAUUGAUUCAAAGUAAGGUAAGCAAUAAUCAUGCUUGUAUGGGAUGACUAAAAGUCAUUAGAUGGAAAACAUCAUUAGGAUUUUUGAAAAAUUUCACAUAGAUCAUAACUAAAGAUUUCGAAAUUGAAUGACUAAAGAUAUGUCAUGUAUCAAGCAUAAUCAAGUAGCACGUAGCACACAAUUCCACCCCACACUUUAAAAUGGACAUUGUUCUUAAUGGACUAAUUUCACAUAGAUAUGUCAUGUAUCAAGCAUAAUCAAGAGCAAAUGCUUCAAAUCCUAAAUUCAAGGUAGUAAAACAAAGGGAAAGUGAUAAUCCCAUCAUUUUUCAAAGAUCAUGGUCUCGUCGGAUGGCCAUCCAAAUUCAGACAUCCUUUCAUCGUCAUUUGGUUGUGUUGAUCGGUGCUGGAUCCAUGGGAUGUGGAUCGAAUCCACUUUAUUAUAUGAACUACUGAAAUCCCUCUGAUGCUUUGUAUUCCAACUCCUCGAUAUUCUCUAGCAACGUAUUGGCCCUUGUAUGGCUAUCAUGAGUGCCAUUUGGGCUAGCUUCAAAUCCGAAGUUGGUGGAUCUUCUUUCAAUGUAUCUCCUCAUACUAGGUCUUCACCGUAAUGAUGAUAGGUUGCAUGUAAGGAAUCCUCAUAUAGAUCCUGAUCUUAUCAUGAUUUGUACCUCCGACUACGUCUCUUCAUUCUCCUUUAAAUCAUCAUCAGUGAUGGGUUGAUUUGAAUCCUCAUCUUCAAUAGACCUUGCUACUUGAUUCAUGAUCUCUCCCACUUAGAGUAUGAUCUCUCCUUUUGGUGACUAAUCAUGGCACUGACAGUGCUAGUGGUAGCACUACCAAUGAGUAGUGGUAGCUACCAUGUACCAGAUGGUGGUGGUACCAAAUGAUAUUGGUACGCUAUCACUACCAGGUACCAGAUGGUAGUGGUACCAAAUGAUAGUGGUUUCCUACCACUACUAGCUACCAGAUGGUAGUGGUUUCCUAGCUAUUUUAUCUACCAGAUGGUAGUGGUAGCGUUGUACUGGUAGUGGUACCAGUGGUAGUUGUAGCAUACUACUAGCACACUAACAGAGUGAUAAUUUUUUUCAUGUGUCCGUAGCGAUUCUGAUUUAAAGGAUUUUGCUGGAGGAAGUCUAUCUGUUAGAAAUUCAGCCGGUCGGAGUGGAGUGGCUACUAGAAAAAGAAGAGAGAGAUAGGAAGAGAGAAAAUGUAUUUAUUGUAGAAUUUAAAAAAUCAUGUAUUUAAUAUAUGUUUUUAGUUCCCAAUAUGUAAUUAAUACAAAAAAAAUUAAUUAAUUCGUUUUUUUUUUUUUUUUCAUGCCCAAAAUGUCUUUGGUUGUGAAUCUCACAAUCCCCUUAAAGGAAGUGAGCGUAUCCCGCCCGUGGAUAGUGAAUAUCCUAUAUGUGGUUUGCUUCCAUGGGAAUCUUUUCGCUGAAUCAUCACCGAAAAAGUCGACUUCUUCACUUCUUCUCUACCACCUAGUAGUUGUGACUAUAUUUGUCACAAACGUAAAAAUUGUGGUUAUGGAAAAAUAUUUUGCCUAUUAGUUAUGAAGUAGUGCGUGAUGAACGAAUUUGUGGUAUCCAAAUCACUAGUUUGUUUUCUUUCCACUUCUUUAGUCCAUAUCUGUUUCUUCCCUUUCUUUAUUCACUAACAGUUAUCUCCAACUCUCUUGGCUUGUCUCCAUUUCAUCUAAUUAUUUUUUUUUUUAAUAUAAGAGAAGAUUAGUACAGGCGAAGGAAGGAUAAAAAAAAACAGAGAGAUAUUAAAAAUGAUUAUUCAUCUUAAUAAUCGCCUCACAUACAGUUUAUAUAUAAUCCACUCAUAUAUGCCGCUCGCUCGUACAUUAGUUAAUUUUAUCCCUAGUCGUGGUAAUGAGUGUAGUAAAGAAAUCAGGAAUGGAUACUCACUACCAAAUACCAAUAGUCCAAUGCACAGAAGAAGAAGAAGAUGCGGGUGGGAGUGGGAGUGGCAAAUUGGCAGUGGCCAAUGGGGACAUUAUGGGGUGGGUGGGAAAACGACGACUAGUAGGCAACUUGAAAAGAAAAGGAUCAAAUCCAAAAUCCACCUCAGCUGGAGCUAUUGGUGGAAUUCUCCCACCCAAAGGAUAGGUGGUGGGAUCGCUAAUUUGUACCUUUUCGGCCUUUUUCUGAAAACUGGAUACGUGGUUGUCUGUUGUCGGCUUAAAAUUUGAGCGGAGAAGAAAAGCGCGUACCAGCAGCAUGGACCUGACAGCUGCCUCGUUGGCUGAAUCCUCCUUCUCGAACUAUUCAGCACAUGCAUUCAAAACCCACAAUUAAUUCCGUCCAAAAAUAAAAGACAAGACAUUAAUAAAUGUAACGACGAUGAUUCAACUGUCGGAGUGAAUCCGAUAGGUAACGCUUCUUUUAGUUUCCAAUGAGUUUUCAGCUUAGGUUACUGAUUUAUUAUUACGAUUUUUUCUUCCAUUAAAUUUAACUUACUCUAUACAUUUUAUUUUAAUUCGGAAUUCAACCAUUCUUAUAGGCAAUGCAGUCAAAAUCGUGCUUUAAAACUUAAAAGAUUACGCUUUUAUUUUUUUUUUGAUCGCCAAAACGCUCCUACAUAAAAUCGUGAUUUUCCCUUGCAAAUGUAGUCAAAAUCUACGUUUUAAAACUUAAAAGCUUACGGUUUUACGCUUCUCAGGUCACCCUACCGCUUCUAAGUAGAAUCGCGCUUUUGACUGCAUUGCUUAUAGGUACCAGUUUAUACAUUAUACUAUGAUGGCGAAACUUGGUAGUAUUAUAUCAUGGUGAUAUGAAAGUGUAUCAUGAUAGUAUGAAUAUAUCAUAGUUUAGAAUGAUUGUAUACAUAAUAAUAGGAAUAUACUAAUCAUCAUUUCUCACAUUUUACUACUAUCUACCACCAGUUACCACUCUAUACCAAGGUGGUAUAUUUGAUCCUGAAUUUUUUCCUACAAAUUUGUAGAUCACAAUAGAUUAUGAUUAGUUUAGAAUGAUUGUAUACAUAAUAAUAGGAAUAUACUAAUCAUCACUCACAUUUUACUACUAUCUACCACCAGUUACCACUCUAUACCAAGGUGGUAUAUUUGAUCCUGAAUUUUUUCCUACAAAUUUGUAGAUCACAAUAGAUUAUGAUGAACCUGUUCCACUUGUGCAAAAUUUUCUAAAUUUAACUUAUAAACAAAGGUGGUGCAGAGUGUUAUUAAGUGGUACCUGGGUGGUUAAGAGUAGUUAUGAGUGGUAUAAGAAAACUUCACGAAAUAUAUUAAAAUACGAAUAUGUUUUUUUAAAUCACAAUGAACAUGUUUCAUAUGUGCAAAAACUUUUAAAAUACAGGUUAAAACAAAGAAGAUAGGACCCGAUUAAAUAAGUUGAGAAAAAAAGUUUAAUCCUACCUUUUAGGUCUUGACCCACUAAAAAUUAAAUGAGACAGAUUGAUUAUGCGCAAUUGUUAUGCACCCUACUACUCCAGACCACUUAUAUGUAGAUGGAUUCAACAUGUUAAGUUGUUUCGGAAAGUCAUUUUCUGUGUUAUAUUAAGGAUAAUUUCAAAUGACUAGCAAGAAAAGUGCAAUUUGUGUUUUGUUAGUAUUUCUUGCUAAGGUGAAAAAUACUUUAUCAUCCCUAUUAGUAAUUAUAAUUUGGAUCGAUCGUAAUUUUAGUGAAUAUUUUUUCUUUUGUUUUAUUUGACUAAAUUACACAAUGGGUAGCUCUAUUUAUCAUUUUUUUACAUUUAUCCAAUAAAUAUCGUGUUUCUUAAUUACUUACUUUAAAUUCAUAUCAUCUGGCUGUCUCCCUGAGGAGGGGGAGGUGGAAGGCGCCGGCUAGUUGGAUGGAUAGAGCCAGUUGGAUCCGGUUGUGGGAGGCGAAUAUUCACCCUAAGUUGAAAGUCUUUGUUUGGCAAAUUCUGAAUCGAACUCUCCCCACCACGGAGGCCCUAAUUUCUCCAAAGGUCCCUACCCUCCCUCGUUGUCCGGUCUGUUGGGGUGGCCCGGAAACCAUAGAGCAUCUGUUUCUGGAUUGUCCGGUGGCGCGUGCGCUCUGGGGUCACUCGGGGCUAGAGUACUUAGGGGAGGGGUUGCCUCGCCAUACUUUUCCUCUGUUUCUUAAAAGUUUAAUAGCCUUAAUUCAGCAGCCGACGCUCCUCAUGGCAAUAGUCUCUAUCCUUUGGCGCAUCUGGCAGUCGAGAAAUUUGGUGGUGUUUGAAGGAAAGCAGUUUGGGUUCCCUGCGUUGAUGAGGCAGUUUUCCCAGCAGUAUGAGGAAUGGGUGGGGCUGCCGGUGGAUGUGCCCCCCAUGCCUCCUCCCCCGAUGGUUCCACGGUCAGGUGGGUCGGGUCAGGCUGCAGGGUUUACUUGCCAGUGGGACGGGGAUACCAGGAAGGGAUCGCAUUCAGCAGGUGGCAUGGUUCUUCUGUCUCCCUCGGGGGAUGUUCUUAUGGCUCACGAGAUUUAGUUUCGGGGGAUUGAUGACCCAGUGGUCGUGGAGUUGCUUGUGCUCUGGGAGGCUAUUGCUUGGUGUUUGGGUCAGGGGUUUACGGGGAUGCGCUUCGAAGGGGAUGCUAAGAUCAUCAUUGAUAAUAUCAAUUGCAAGGAUGUUAGGGACAAUCGGAUGGGUUCCGUUUUGUCAGAAAUCUUACAUUAUUUUGGUAACAACCCUGGGUUUAGUGUGUGGUUUAUAGGUCGGAGUAGUAAUAGGGUAGCCCAUUUGGUGGCUAGAAAAGCCUUCUCUUUGUACCCGACUAUGAGUCGUUUCUUUGAUUUUCGGACCUGGCUUGGUUCGAGGGUGUAACUAUCUAUGUUUUGGUAUCAAUAUAUGAUUAUCUUUUGU